GUCCGUCACAUUCUGUGCAUUUCCAGCAAUUCCGUGACCUGUCCUUUCGCAUAGAGUGGUUAUUUGUCAUGCACCCUCUGCGCCCUCCUUGACACGCUUUCUAUUCACAAUGGCGGUGGGCAGUGGACGACUAGUAAAGGAAAACAUAACGGAACUCGACGAGCUAACACCGUCCCCAUCCAUCAAUACAUUCAAACACAUUCACGCGGAGCACGAUGCCGCCUCUAGCUCCGUAUCGCCGCUAUCCAUGUCGCUCUCGCUGUCCGGCACGUUCAGCUGCGACAGCUCGCACUUCAGCUACGACCCCGCGCCCGACGACACGGGCUGGGAGAGCCCCUCCGAUUGCGGCGCGGACGCGGUCUUCGGCGCGCAAUACGGCGACCGUCCCGCCAGCCGCAGGCGGAGCUUCACAGGCGGGGGGGGGAGCCUCCCGGUGGGGCGGCUGUCGGAGGGGCAUCUGAGUCUGGAGCGCGGAGUCAAGUCGGCGACAGUGCCGCGCGUCAGCAGCCGGCUGCUGGCCCCCACGCAGUCGUCGCAAGCCAAGUCGCGCUGUCUCGCCCAUCGGCGCGCAGCGGCGGACGGCGGGGCGAUGGGCCGCGAUCCUUUCAGCACGUCGUCGCAGCCGAGGAAGGCCAAGGCUGGCGCGCCGGCAGCAGGGAAGGCCCACGGCACUGCCGCGGCAGCACACUCGCACCAACACGUAAAAGCGCCGGCUUGCGCCCCACGUGGUGAAAAGGUGUCUGCGGGGAAAUCGGGACCGAAUGCGGCACGGAAUGCGGCGAAGGGUGGGCAGAGUGGGCAGGGGCGAAGGAUGUCGGACGCGAGUGAGAACCUGGCGCUCCAGCUGGCCAAGCAGCGGAAUGGAGUGCGGGCGGUGGGCGGCGGGGUUGCUAAGAAGGGGGAUGGUGGCGGCGCCGCUGCACAGAUACCACGUGGCGGGAGGUUGGGAUCUGCACAGGCUGACAGGGCUCCGUCCGUUUGUCGCCAUGCGCUGGUGGCGAGCAGGAAGCCUCUGGUUGCUGGUGCUGCGGGGAACGCCGUUCAGGGCCGUGUUGCGGCGGGUGGAGUGAAGCCGCGGCACCGCCUGGCGGAUGGGAAAGGCGCACCUGGCGGCGGCGGACGAAUCCCCGCGCAGGACGCACCGGACGGGGGAAAGGGUUUGCGGGGACAUACUGCGGCGGGAUCAGGGAGCGUUAAGUGGAAGAACGAGAAGCGGGUUGUGGGGAACAUUGGGGCAGGGACUGGUGGGAGAGGAGCGAGCGCGGAGCAGACGCACAAGGCGCGUCGUGAGGCGCAGCCGGCAGCAGGACACACGCAGCAACCCAAGCACUCGCUGAACGCGCAAGACAUGGGAAGCGGCGUUGCUGCGAAAGGCUUGCAUGGAUGCGGUGGAGGUGGCUUGGUAAAUGGUACUGACCCCCACACUGCACCCCGCACGCAGCAUGCUGCUUCUCCUCAUCACCCACCACCUCCCCCCCCUGACCAGCUGGCUCUUACUAACCAACCAACUAUGAACCAUCCAAUCAACCAAACCACCCACGUGCUCUCAGCGACCUUGACCCUCCCGCCGAGCCUCCUUCCCUUCCCGCUCGCCUUCCCCUCGCCCUGCCCGUCCUCCUCCUCGGGGUCCGCGGACGACGCGGACAUGCCGUGGGCGGAGUGGAUCGGCGACGUGCGCGGCAUGGAGCAGGACGUGCAGUACGUGCGCCACGCGCUGCUGGCCUCGGGCUUCCUCUCGGACGCGCUGCCGCCGCUCUUCUCGCCGUACCUGCCCAUCAACCCCGCCUUCUUCCACCACCUCGAAGCCGCCUUCCUCAUGCGCUGCUGCGCCCACACCACGCACGACCCGUCCCUUGUGGCCUCCAGCCUGCCGGCCUUCCCCCUCGCCGUGCCCGCCUCGUACCACGAGGAGCGCCGCCAGCGCAUGCUGCUCUUCGACGCCGUCAACGAGGCCCUCGGCCGCCGCCUCGCAGCAUUCCUCCCUCGCCCACCCUGGUCUCCCCCUCCCGCCCGUGCAGCGCCCAGGAGGCGGCCGCUGGGCAUGGAGCUGGUGCAGGAGGUGUGGUCCGAGAUCCACUCGUGGCCCGUGGCGUCCACAGAGGAGGUGUACACUGUGUUGGACGAGUCCGCCCGCCGCGACCUGUGGCGGGGCACGGAGAGAUGGCGCGAGGAGGACGUUGCGGAGGAGGAGUCGGGCGUGGUGUUUGACGUGGAAGGGGCGCUGCUGGAGCAGCUGCUGGGGGAGGUGUGCCUGGAGUAUCUGCUAGUGGAGCAAAGGCGGGCCGCUGUGAGGAGUUCAGUGCAUGGGGUGGUGAAGGCUCAGAUUAUGGCUUCAGGUUUUGUAUCUGCUGCUCAUGUGAAGGCAGCGGGAAGGAAUGGAGUAGUGGCACUCCUUGGCCCUGCUUGCCCAACAGCUGUGAGUAAAAACAUGCUUAGGCUUCCAAGGAUGUCGUGACUUGCAGACGGGUUAUAUGUGUUGUUCAUAGUUUUCCAAUAACCUGGUAGCAAUUUC